AUGAAGUUUGUAUUUGUUAUGACAAUGGCAUUGGUGUUGGGAACCUUUGCAGGCUCACCAAGCUAUUAUCCAACUUCCGAAAUCCCAUCAUCAUCAUCCUCAUCAGGAGUAAUUUGUGAUAUUGUUCGAGAAAUUAUUAGAAAAUUGACUGAUGCAGCUUUGGAAGCACUUAAAGAUUACAUUCGUCGUCGAAUCAGUGGAAGAAGUACUGAAGAAAAUCCAAAUAUUUUAAUUGAAGCAUUUGAAUAUUUAAAAUCAAAUCCAAACGUAACUAAUGAUGACAGAGAUAUUUUUGAGGCUUUAUUGAAUCUGCAUACUGUUGAGGGAAAAACUGAAUGGGGUUUCGAUAUUGAUGCAGCUUGGGAGUGCUUGAAAGAAAUAUUUAGUGACUUGUGGAACGAGUCUGAAUCGUCAGAAUCAUCAAAAUAUUCUUCAUCAACAGAUUCAUAA